UCCAAUUUGUACCAUAUAUUUAAUUUUUUUUUAUCGAAAGCAUCAACAAUAUGAAGCAUUGUAAAAUUCAUCUAUGUAUAUUUAUUGCAAUUAUUAUUAGCAACUGUGUUUUAUUGUAUCCAUUUAGCCAAUUUAGAAAAUUGUUAAUUUAUUAAUAUAUUAGGUGAUCAAGCCAUCAAGGUGCAUAAUCACUCCGUUAUUAGUUUUUUAUUAAUCAUAUUUCGUUUAUUGUAAUGUAAAUUUUAAAAAUAAAAAUAAAAUUAAUUAUACUAACAAAAUGUUAUCCAUUUAUAUAUAUUUGAAAUAAAAAAUGUUAGUCUAGCAUCAUAUAACAUCAUAUAUAAUAUCAUAACUAUAAAUUAUUCUAUAAUAGUACCUGAUCUAUGUGACAAUUCUUAAUCGUAUUCCCCGCUAUCAAUUUUUCAUUAUAUUGUUAUGUAAGUGGGUCUCACCUUGCUUACUGGACUUUGACUGAGCUUCCAAUAUUUCUAAUUCAACUUGAAAUGAUCAUGAUACUCCCCCUCAUAAUUCAUAGUUUUCAAAUUAAAAAUAAAACCACCACAGAUAGAAAAUGACAUUCAUAGCAGAUUUUAUUAUUUUCAUUAUCGACCAUUAAACUUUACUAUGCCAUUUUUACAAAUUGGGAAAUAAAGUCUGCAGAUAUAUAGGGAAAAAAACGUAGUUAUUAGAGAAUGAUCAAUACCUAAGAUUAUUUAAGUGUUUCAAUCUACAAAUUAUCAAAUUUGUCUAUUGGUUGAUGGGUUGUUUGCAUUAGAGGAAUGAAAAAAUCUCAUAAAAUGUUAAUGAGAAGUAAAUUUUAAUGCGGGUAAAGUUUAGAUUUUUAACCAUAUUUCUACAAAAGAUUGGGUUUUAAUGGAAAAAGUAGGAACAACCUAUUUUGAAGAUAAAGAUUUUGUUAAGGAAUACAAAUUCAUAGUAAUUGGUGGAGAUGACUGUACUAUAGAGGGCGGAGGCAGAGCGAUCACAAAAAAUUGAGAAUAAAAUUUGCAAUAAUUCUUGACAACCGAUUGUGUAAAUAAAUGUUUCGUUAAUGAAGAAAAAUGCAUUAUAAUUGGUGGAGAUGACGGUGCUUUAGAGCGAUCACAAGGAAUUCAAAAGAAAAUUUUCAUUAAUUUUGUACAUUCAGGAACAAAUAAUGUGGUCUGGUUAAAUUUGUAGGAGUCUAUUUCAUUGCAUGGUUUUGUUUUUAUUUUCAAUAAUGACUUUAGUCAAUAAAUCGAGUUAGCAUGUGGAAAAGUAUUCCACUAUGAUAUAUUCAUUAACUUAAUGAUUUGAAUUUUUUUAUGGUAUGAAAUAAGACAUAUCUUUAUUCAAACAAUUACUAUGUUAGCCUAUGCUAUUAGCGAAAUUCAUCCGUUCAACAGGCGGACCUAAAUCUAGUUACCCUAAAAAGAAAUAAAAACCUAUAUCACCCAUUUACACGGAUUAAUUCGUUUCUUUCAUUAGAAACUUUUUUUUAUGGUUUCAUUAGAAACAUAUUGGGCCCAAACAAAGAGAGCGGAUCCCAUGACUAAGGGGGGGUCCUUAGUCACUUGACUAAGCCCCUCCUAGCCAUUAGAUCUGCACACUUCAAUCCAAUGGUUAAAAAGUGGGAAGGGCUAUUUAAUUAAUGAUAGGGGUAGUUUGGGUAUUAUGGAAAAUUACGAAGUAUACAAACCGGAUUUACAAUCAGUACAAACCAUACAAACAUACGAACAAUACAAACUAGAGCGACAAAACAUACAAACAGAUUUACAAACAUUACAAACGUAUGAACUAUACAAACAAUACAAACUAGACCGACAAACAAUACAAACCAUACAAAAAGAAAAAACACCCGGGUUGACUUUGGAAGCUCCAUCCCUAUAUAGAGGGGCUCCUUCCCAAAGUCAACCCGGGUGUUUUUUAGACAUACAAACAUGGUGGACAAAAAUGACAAACUAGACCAAAAAUUCAUACAAACUCGAAAAACACCCGGGUUGACUUUGGAGGCUUCAUCCCUAUAUAGAGUGCUCCGUCUCAAAGUCAACCCGGUUGUUUUUUAGACAUACAAACAUUACGAACAUGGUGGACAAAGAUGACAAACUAGACCGACAAUCCAUACGAACUGGAAAAAACACCCGGGUUGACUUUGGAGGCUCCAUCCCUAUAUAGAGGAGGUUCAUCCAAAAGUCAACCAGGUAGUUUUUUAGACAUAAAAAACAUUACAAACAUGGUUGACAAAAAUGAUAAACAUGGUACACAAAAAUAACAAAGUUUACAAACAUUACAAAAAAAAACCCGACAAACAUUACAAAAUAACAAAGCAUACAAACAUUACAAAAUAAACCGACAAACAGUACAAAGCAUACUAACCGUACAAAAUCUCUUUCUCUCUCUCUCUCGGAAUAAUUCUUGAAAUAAUGGCGCAUGAGAGCUGGGGAACUCUCCUGCCCAGUAAUUGCCCACGGGAGCCACCGCCGAACAAUCGGACGGAGACGGGAGGCGGCGGACGGGGCUGCUUAAAUUUUUUAUUCAUUUUAUAAUUAAAUAUAAAAAAUAAACAUGCAAUUACUACAUUGCCCUUCAUUAAAUUGGAUUAAUAGAGGUCCUUGGAUUUUAAUGAAGUUGAGUGACUGAAAUUCGCUUAGCCAUGUGACUACCCUACUCACCUGAUCCCAGCCCCAAACAAACGGGAAGAAAACGCGAUACCAAAAGGCAAAAGCGUUGGUUAAGCAAUUUCCCAUCCUUUCCGGUCCGGAUUCCAUGUAAGUUCCCUUUGGGCUCAGCAAAGGCAAGUAUAAACAGUUUUACUUGCUAAUUUAUUUAUUUUAUUUAUAUCAGUUCGAAGACUUGGAUUAAGUCUCCGCCUCCCUUUCCUACUACUUGUAAACAAUCUCUCCGCGUUUAUUAGUUUCUCAAGUCAAUCUGAUUCGCUGCCUCCUUCCAGUUCUCCCAUUAAUCAUUCGUACGGUUUCCCCUCUCUGUCGCCUUCUAGACUCUUCCAUUCUCUGCUCCGCUGCUGCAAACUUCAAUGGCUUCCGAUCUAGAGAACAAGGCCAAAGAGGCUUUCAUCGACGACCACUUCCAACUCGCCGCCGAUCUCUACUCCCAGGCCAUCGAUCUCAACCCUAAAAGCGCCGAGCUUUUCGCCGACCGCGCUCAGGCAAAUAUCAAGCUCGGCAAUCUCACUGAGGCGGUUUCUGAUGCAAACAAGGCGAUUGAGCUGGAUGCUUCAAUGGCCAAAGCAUAUUUGCGGAAAGGCAUAGCAUGCAUGAAGUUGGAGGAGUAUCAAACUGCUAAAGCAGCCCUUGACACCGGAAUUUCUUUGGCUUCUGGUGAUUCACGAUCAAGAUUCGCUUCUUUGAUUAAAGAAUGUGAAGAUCGCAUUGCUGAGGAAACAGGCCAGCUGCCAAAAGAGGAGUUAGAACUCCCAUCAAAUGCCAUCCCCAUGCAAGAGGAACCUGUGAAUGGACUCUCCAGCGGGACACAAGAUGUAGCUCCACCCAAGCCCAAAUACAAGCAUGAUUUCUAUCAGAAGCCCGAGGAAGUCGUUGUGACUGUAUUUGCUAAGCGUGUACCAGCUGACUGUGUGUCUGUCGACUUUGGUGAACAAAUUCUAAGUGUUAGCAUCAACGUUCCUGGUGAAGAUGCAUACCAUCUUCAACCUCGUUUGUUUGGCAAGAUAGUACCUGCGAACUGCAAGUAUAUUGUCUUGUCUACCAAAGUGGAAGUUCAUCUUGCGAAAGCUGAACCUAUACAUUGGACCUCUCUAGAAUAUAAGGAAACAGCUGUCGUUAGAAGGCUGGACACUUCCUCUGAUGUUGCCAUGAGACCCACAUAUCCGUCUUCCAAACCGAAGAAAGUGGAUUGGGAUAAACUUGAAGCCCAAGUGAAGAAGGAGGAAAAGGAUGAAAAGCUGGAUGGCGAUGCAGCUCUGAAUAAAUUCUUCAGGGAUAUAUACAAGGAUGCUGAUGAAGACACAAGACGAGCCAUGCAGAAAUCUUUUGUGGAGUCGAGUGGGACGGUGUUGUCGACCAACUGGAAGGAUGUGGGGAGCAAGAAGGUGGAUGGAAGUGCUCCUGAUGGUAUGGAGAUGAAGAAAUGGGAGUACUGACAGUUGUGUGCCAUAGUAUAAACUCUCCGGGAUUGCGAUUUUGUGUCUCAUGUUCGAAUUCUAAUUCGUUCCUUGCAGUUGCACUUGUUUUUCGGAUACAAACUGUUCAAUCUCUUUCUCUUGUUCUCUGUGACUGCGAUUGCUUUCGAGUGAAUUGCCAAGUAAUUCAUCUUUCUUGUUUUCCUGUACAUAUAUCACUGUUUAGAGUUUACUAUUGCACAUUCCUGUGGUUUGGUUCAGUCAGAGUACGAGAAUUGGUUCGAAAAGAAAACGGUAGUAACAGGGAUCAAAGCGAAUCGACCUGGUUUUUAUUUUGGUUAUGAAGUAUGGAUUAAGAAUUUAAGAUACAAAGAAACUUUAAACCCAGCAGACCAAACCAUCGUUACCGGGUCUGGAGAAGGUAACCCGAAACAGCAGCAAAAAAACUACGUGCAAAAUCUCAAACCUUAAACACACCAAUAUUUUUGGGUUAAUAGGCCUGUUAAUACCUUAGUUUGGCCGGAACUAUACACAUACUUUCUACUUUGGCCCGUGGUAUUGGAAAUUGCUAUUCUGGUCUGAACUAUGCAGCAAACUUCCUCAUUUGGCUUGGAAGCGGGUUUGACCAUUAAAUUAGACAGUCAAACUUGUUGACCGUUAGUCAAUGUCCACCUCACCUGCCAUUAUAGGUGUCAAAACAUAGCCCGACCUGAUUAAUCCGCCCGAUCAACCCGACCUGCAACCCGACCGCAACCCAAAUUGACUAAAAGUCAACAACCCGUAACCCGUCCGACCCGCAACCCGAUUGACCCGCAACCCAACUAACCCGCAACCCGAAUGACCCGCAACCCGAUUAACCCGAAUCCGAUUGACCCGCAACCCGACUGACCCGCAACCCGAUUAACCCGAACCCGAUUGACCCGAACCCGAAUAACCCGUAACCCGACCAACUCAACCCAAAUUUCAUCUAAUCCACUUGAAUAAUUAUAAAAAUAUACAAUACAUAGUUUUUUAAAAU